UAUUUUUUUAUAGAAAAAUGUGAUGCUAUAGCUACCGAUUGUUUCUUAAGUGGAUUUACUGAUAUAGGCAAAUGCUUCCAAUGUAAAUUGUUAAUGCAAGAAAAAAAUACAAAUGAUUCUUGUUUCAAAUACGUUUCAGAAAAUCAAAAAGAAUUAAUAAAUCACCAAUUAGAAGUCAAAGGAGAAGAUGAUGAAGAAAUCUAG